AUGUCAUCCCACGAACAGCCUGCAUCGCAAUGCACGGCGUCAUCCCUGGUUCAAGACGCCGAGUCAGUCCUUGACAAUUCGGCAAAGCUCAUAGACAGGCUGGUCGCUUCUUCGACUCUAGAAAACGUCAGCUUUGCAAACUUUAUCCUUCCGAUAGCUUGGGAUGAGAAUGUGCGAACAUCGCACCGCAAUUCUUCGAUCAUUCAUGAAUUUACCUCAUCCGACCCUGUUUUGAGAGAAGCGGCUGCCAGGGUCCGGCGUCUCUUUCAGGAAUUUGAGACAACCUUGUUCAUGCGAGAGGACGUAAGUAAAAGAUGCGAAGCUGUGCGCCAAAAGAAGGAAGACAUUGCCGCCGAGUCCAAGCACCUGUUGGAAGUAUUCUAUCAGACCUCCUUCAGAAAUGGGGCCUUUUCACGAUCGGCAGAGGACAAGAGCAAAGUUCAAGAAAUCAACCAAUCUCUUGCAAAGCUUGAGUUUACAUUCCGAGAAAAUAUCCGGACAGCAGAAGCCAGCUUGUCGCUUGACCCCGACGAACUUCAGGGAGUCCCGCAAAGGCUGCUUGACGGUCUACCCCGUGAGGCGGAUAACGGUAAGGUUCUCUUGUCCGCCAGCGACCUCCAAAAUGGCCUUUACCGCACGGCUCCCGAGAGCUCGGAAGCACGGAGGGCUAUUGAGUAUGCCUAUGAGACUUUGCAUCAGGCAAAUCGGCCCAUCUUCGACGAAGUCAUCAAGCAGCGUGCACUGAAAGCUCGCCUUUUGGGAUACCGUAGCCACGCAGCGCUACGUAUAUCCGAACGACUGGCGGAAACACCCGAGACCGUGUCGAAUUUCCUUUCUGAGAUAGCAACAGGGCUACGUGAAGCUGGUGAAGAAGAUGUCAGCAGAUUGAGGGACCGGAAACAGGCAGACUUUGAAUGCCGCGGCGAACCUUUCGAUGGGAAGCUAUGGCUGUGGGAUGUGUCACACUAUCGCCAAAAGGUGGUCGCCGAGAACCUUUCACUGGGAGGCAUGACCAUAUCUGACUAUUUUCCCUUGACAUCGGUCCUGAUUAACGCGACUGAGCUUCUGGGCCGUCUAUUUGGUCUGAGAUUUGAGCGUGUUUCCAAAGAGCAAAACUGGGAUGCUCGAGACAUUGACAUGGCUCCGCAAACCCAUAUUUGGCACGAGGAUGUGCAGCACUUUGUCGUGUGGGACAAUGGGGAGCAAAGCAAGUUCCUUGGGCAUCUCUAUCUGGAUCUGUUUAGUCGCCCAGGGAAGUCGGGUGGCCCGUCCCAUCACAAUAUUGUUCCAGGCUACACCAACGAAGCUGGUCAUCGCCAACACCCUCGUUCCGCCAUACUAUCUGGAUACUCUCGUCCUGCCGAUGGAAGCCCUUGUACACUUAGAUAUUUCCAGGUGGUGUUGCUGUUCCAUGAGCUUGGGCAUGCUAUACACGACUUGGUGUCCAUAACUCAGUUUGCUCGUUUCCAUGGGCCUGAUGGGACCCCUAUAGACUUUGGCGAAUCUCCAAGUCAGCUCUUGGAAAACUUGUGCCACGUGCCGCUCGUCAUCCACGAAAUAAGCCAGCAUGUUUCCACGCUAAGAAAUGGUCAAUCUUCCCAUCUCAACCAGGAUCAGGAAGGGGCCGCUGCCGCUGCUGCGAACCUCCCAGAGAAGAUUCCAGAAGCGUCAAUCCGUGUGCUGCUGCAACGGAGCAAGGCUAUGGAGGCUUUGCAUCAUCUCGAUCAGAUAUUACUUGCCAGGUUCGACUUGGAGGUUAAUCAAGCCGAUAGCCCUGAGAUUGCGGAAGCCAUGGACAUCCCAGCUCUAUUCAAUUCGAUGCGGGCCGAGAUGUACUCGGUGGAGACACCACAACCCAAUCAGGACGAACCAGGAUGGGGAUGUUACUACGCGAGCUUUAAGCACUUUAUCAAUGAGUAUGAUGCUGGUUACUAUGGUUACUUGUUCGCCAAGUCGAUCGCGGACGAUGUUUUCGACGCUCUUGGAGGCGAUGCAAACAACGCCGAAGCGUUCCAAAGAUACCGUCGCACGGUAUUGGAGAAAGGCGGCAGCGUGCCCGGAAGGGAUACGUUGAAGGAGUUCUUAGGACGCGAGCCCUCCACCGAGGCCUUUUACAAGCAUAUAGGGAUGGUAUAG